CACACUCACAUGCAAUUAUUAAUUUCUUCUCUCUCUAAAAUUAUUAUUUUUUGUAAUUUUCAACAACAAAAAACUAAUAAUAAUAAUCAAAGUCCCCAUCAAGACCCUCCUUUGCUUAUCCUACAAAACCCCAUCUCCAAUAUCCUUCUUCUCAUUCCAAGUUCUUCAAUCCUACUUAUUAUUAUUUUUUUUUACACUUAAUUUUUCAAGAAAAUGAGAGAAAUCCUUCAUAUUCAAGCCGGGCAAUGCGGAAACCAGAUCGGUGCAAAAUUUUGGGAGGUGGUUUGUGAUGAACAUGGAAUCGACGCGAGCGGGAAGUACUACGGAAACAGUCAUGUCCAAUUAGAGAGAGUGAAUGUGUACUACAACGAGGCCAGUGGUGGUCGAUAUGUCCCAAGAGCUGUAUUGGUCGAUCUUGAGCCCGGUACCAUGGACAGUCUUCGUGCCGGACCUUACGGCAAAAUUUUCCGCCCCGAUAACUUUAUCUUCGGCCAAAAUGGUGCUGGAAACAAUUGGGCCAAGGGACAUUACACCGAAGGUGCCGAAUUAGUUGAUGCGGUUCUUGAUGUUGUUCGUAAGGAAGCUGAGAACUGCGACUGCUUACAAGGAUUUCAAGUAUGUCACUCGCUUGGAGGUGGUACUGGAUCCGGUAUGGCCUUGUAUGAUAUAUGUUUCCGAACCCUAAAGCUCACAAACCCAAGUUUUGGGGACUUGAACCACUUGAUAUCAACUACCAUGAGUGGGGUAGUGGUAUGUAGUUUUGUGUAUGGUGUUGGUCAUAAUAUCAAUAUGAAGGUGAAGGCCAAAACAGAGUCAACUGAUGGUAGUCAACACUUUUUUGAAAAACUAGUGGCUCUUCCAUGGCAACUAGAUGCACAAAGUGCUGUGUAG